AUGCUAGCCCAGAAAGGGCCUGAUGAUGCAAAAGAGCGUGCCAUCUAUUACCUGAGUAAGUUCACCAUCUCGGAGUUAAACUAUCUUGAAGCUGAAAAGACUUGUGCUGCACUAGAGUGGGUGCUCCACAGGCUGCGACAGUAUUCACUGCAUUACGAGACGUUUCUUAUGAUUGAGAACGAUCCCAUCAAAUAUUUACUUGAUCAGUCGGCUUUGGUAGAAAAGUUGGCCAAAUGGCAGAUUUUGAUUUCAGAGUUUGACGUCCAAACGAUGCCACAGAAGUCAGUUAAAGACCAAGCAAUCGCUGAUGUAUUGGCCGAAAGCCCUAGGAUCCUAGACGAUGAUGGAUGUUCCCCAGAAGAUCGUAUUUUGCUAAUAAAGAAAGACAGAUGGACCAUGUUCUUUGAUAGAGCCGUAAACCUAUUUGGUUCCGGUACUGGGGCAGCUCUAAUAUCCCCAUAUGGACAACACUAUCCAGUAGCUGCAAAAUUGGUAUUCCCAUGCACCAACAACAUAGCCGAGUACGAAGCUUGCAUCCUCGGACUCCAAGCGGCGGUCGAAAUGGUGGUAACCAAAUUGAAGGUAUAUAGUGAUUCUGCUCUAAUCAUCCUCUAA